CAAAUGUUGGGCUGUCCUAUCCUAUUCAAGGGCAUUCCUCAGGAAGUUGUCACAUUAAAAACAAAAGAUUCAUCAAAACAAAGAUGUGAAAAUGAUGCGACUAUCAAGGAUUCAUCUUUUCGUUUUUUUCGUGUAUCUAUGGGUGUAUUAUCCAGUAAAUGGAAUCUCUAAUAUUUUCAAAGGUUUUCCACCUUUAUUUGAUUUGAGUUUAUCGAAUAACGAUACUUCUGUGAACGCUGUGAACGUAACUGUUCAUCAAGAUGCAAAAGAGAUUUGCAUUCCACCUUUAUUGCUGCAUGGCUCAGUUGACCCAGUGAAAAGCCAGUACAAAUCUCAGGAUGUUAUAAGGAUCAUUUGUAAAGAUGGGUACGAAUUGGAGAACCCGCAAAGCAGUCUUCUGUACUGCUCUCAAAAAGGCCUAUGGAAGGUUUUUACCUUGGGAGAUUCUAUUUACAUCCCAUUACCAAGGUGUAUAGUCAAAGAAAGAUGCCUCCCAUUGCCCCCAUUGAUGCAAGGAAGUAUGCAAGUACAGGAAGGGGGAGUAAAUGCAGUCACAUCCGAACUAAGUUCCACUCGUGCAGUUUACCAGUGCUGGUAUGGCCUUGAAUUAGAUCCACCAGAAAGUGAAAUCAGAUAUUGUGUUCGAGGAAAAUGGACAGGAGAAAACCCUUUAUGUGUUCCAGCUAGCUGCCCUCGUCCACCGUCCGUUACAGGCGGAUUCUUUAUCGCAAGAGGUGUUGUCAACCACAUCUACGUGUCCGGAGCUGCUGUCAAGUACUAUUGUGAUGAGGGUCAUCAUCAAAAGGGCCCACCACUCCUCACGUGUUCCGGAAAAGAAUGGAUCCCCAAAGAUCUUCCGGCUUGUGUGCCGAUAGAAUCGUCAGCUGCUGCUGCUGCUUCGUCAUCCAAGUUGGAGGUGCGCGGUUGCUCCUUACCGCCGGAGAUCGCCAACGGCCGUUACCAGAUCCUGCCGAUGCGGAGGAGUUUCUCGUCGUCUUCGUUUUCGCCGCUGUCGUCGCGAAUCCAGCACUGGAACAACCUGCAGAUGAGCAGUAACGGAUCGUCGACUCCCACCACGUCACCGGUGGUGGUGGUUCCUGUCUACAGUAGCGCGUUAUACUCCUGCUACCGUGGCUUUCUGAGUGGCGGCUCUUCACUCAUUUCUUGUUCGCCUGGGGGCUGGUGGCAACCGACUCACAAUGCCCCUCGUUGCCUUCCCUUUGGAUCUUCUUCCUCCGCUUCAUCCGGCGGAAUCCAUCACAGCCACGGUGGCGGCGGCGGACUGGAGAUGACUAAGGCCGGCCGCGGAGGAGAUGCCGAUGGAGGAGAAGGCGACGACAAGGUGGACGGAGAAGAACAAGCCCCUGGACCGCUACUCGUCUCGUUCACAACGGCAUGUGGCGUCACUUUUGUCCUCUGCCUCAUUUGGAUGGCGUCCCGCUGGAAAAUCACCUGUCUCCGAUCAUCGGCCGGCCAUCACGGCCGUCAAGAAGAGGAGACCCUCUCAUUUUCUGGUCCCGUUUGUCCGCCAAUGGCGCCGUCGGCCGCUUCGGCUUCUUCUUCUUCUGGCGGCGGCGGCGGUGGCGGCGUCGGCGGCCGUAGACAUCGGCACCAAUCACUUUGGACUUGGAUCAGCCCCAACCAAAACGACCGUGACGGCCAUCACGUCCAUCAGCAGCUGGACAUGGACGACGAUGAUUCCCUGCCGGCUUACGACCGCCAAUUGCUGGAUCUUGGCCAGGCGUCGGAUCAGGAUCGGGUGGCCUUGAUCGCCUACAUGAACGACAACAACACGAGCAGUCAGGCGACUCUGCCGUCGUACGAGGAAGCCGUUCGGGCAUCCAGCAAUGGCGGCAUCAACAACAGCAGCACCGCCACCACUUCCAUUCCGAGCGUCCAUUGCACCUGGCCGGUAGCACCGCCGUCCUACGAGUCCAUUCUCAUUUUGGACGAGACCAACGGAAAUGGAACCGCCGCCUCGACCACCACCACCACCACCACCUCCUCCACCACCACCUCCCAUCACAUCCAACCGGGCGCUAGUCCAUCAGUCGAAGCCAACGUUUCAUUCAAUGAAAGUGACGAAGCCGCCGCCGAUUCGACGAUAGGAACGACCACGAGCUCAGAAGACGACAACGACGAUGAGGAAGACGCAGUUGAUGGUUCUCGCGAAAUGCUGGUGCUCCUGGUGCCUUCCGCAACGCUGGACGCGGAUGCAAUAACGACAUUCCCCGCCCGCCGAUAAAAAUAAAUAAAGAAGGAAAAUAGAAGAAGAAGAAGAAGAAAAAGGAGGAAAAGAAAUUUUCUCAAAGAUGAAAUAACCAAAAACAACCAAAAAACAACAAGAAGAAUACUGCAGUUUUGUGUUUGUUUGCGUCUUCUUUGAUUUUUCGUUUUAUUUUUCAAGUUCCGCGUGUGAUGUUGUUAUAUUCCUCCUCUCUCUCUUCACGAGACACACCACACGCUUUUUUUUUUUUGCCCAUAGUUUUUUUUAAAAUUAUUAUUUCGUUGUUUUUUUGUUUUUUUUUCUUGACUUGAUCAGCAGAAAAACCAAGCGGACUCUCGCGUAAUUUCUCUUUUUUUUCUUUUUGGGUUCCUCGACACGUUUUGUCUUCCUUUUUCUAUAAACAGGGGGGGGGGGGGGGGGAAACGAAAGAAUAAUAAAUUUAAAACCCAUCGAUUUAUAUACAUAAAUGAACACAUAACCUAAAACCCCCCCACCUGACUAAUCAGAGAGUGUUUCUUCCCCUUGCGAAACGAUAAAAUAAACAUGAGAAAAAAAAACAAAGAAAUCUUGUGGGGCAAUUGUCGGAUGGAAUCAUGACACGCGAUGCCAUCAGCCAAUCUUAAUCAUUUUUUUUUCCUGUCUGUAGGGUCAUUUAAGUCAUUAAUGGCGUCUUAAUGAUUGCAGAGCACGAUCGAUGUUGACCUUUGCAUCGGCCCAAUCACGAAGGUGGGUGAAAUCGUCUGUUUUUUUUUUUUAUUCUCGUUUUUUUUCCCGCACGUUUUUUGGGUGUCUCUUUUUAGUUUUUCGUGGGAAGUGUUUGGUCCAGUGAUUUACGACCUCCUGAGCUUGGUAUGGACUUGACCAAAAGACAACGGGCACGAGCUGCUGUUGUUGUUGUUGUUGCUUUGUUUUAUUGCUCGCCAUUUCCUUUUUUUCCUUCUUUCUUUUUGGCUGAGUCGUCCUUCCCGUUUUUUGUUUUGUUUUUCCCCUUUGCUUGCGUGCGUCAUCGGCGUGUUUUUCUUUUUCUUUCUUUUCCAGUCUGCGAUGCCAUCCACCGAUAGCUCUUGUUGUGGAGAUUCCAACACGGCGACUUUUUCUUUGGCUCUCGCUGGCGUCGCGACGCUUUUUCUCUGUCUCGCCGUUUGCCAUUCGUCUUUUUCGGGAACCCCAACAGAAUGAAUAAAACAAAUCAAAAUGUGUAUACAUAUACGUACGUGCUCGACAACGGACAAAAGAAACGGACAGAAAUUCUUGACAUUUGAAUAGAAUGUCCAUUCGGCCCAAGAAGAAGAACUUGUGCUGAUGCUGCCCUUGUGUCGCCGCUCUGAUUGCUCAACCUUUUCUUUUUUUUUUCUUCUUUUAUCCCGCGUGUGAUAGAAAAUCAGCGGAGGAGCGAGAGAAAAACAAAGAAAAUGGCGUGUCCGUGUGUGUGUUUCUUUCAAGUGCCAAAAGCGGCGGACCUGACAGAAAAAGUGGCCAGCAACAACAACAACAACCAAAAUUCGAUGGUUUAUUCUCAUCCGGGAUCAGUGGGCAUUAAAAUGUGGUAUGUCUUGUCUUGUCUUCAAAGAACGAGAGAAAAGAGAUUUUUUUUCGUUAGUAGAACAAGAUCCUUGUGUCUGUCGCCAAAGCAUUUUCAGACGAUCAACGUCAACAAAAUUCCCUCUUUUUCUUUCCCGAUGGACGGCGCACGUUUAUUACGUUUGUUGCUUAAUACCCGUACACGUAAAGUCCGUUUUCCCCCCUCCACCAUCUCUUUUUUUUUUUUUCUUCUUCUUCUUUUUCUAACUGGUGGGCUACAUAAUAAGAUGAGGAAUAAACGAUCGAGGCUGCAGCAUCCACAACCGCAGCAGCAGCAGCCGAGUCUCACCUGUCACCUGCAUUCGACUCGCUCCGUCCGGUUUCCUCCUCGUCCUCCGCUAAUAACACUAUUUCUUUCAAUCCAAUGGAAUGGAAGAGAAAAGAGCACCACCUGUUUUUCAAUGCGCCGGGCGGCCUAGACUGCCGCCGUGAUAACCGAACGUGAGUUUGCGGGAUUUUUCGGUUUUUCUUUUCUUUUCUUUUUCUCCCGGAUUUCUCGUGUUGGGACCCCGUCCGCCACUUGAGCGCGUCGCUCCCUCUCAUUCUUUUUCGUUCCGUCGAGGAGGGUUGUCAGGUCUUUUGUACACGUCGCAGGAAACAAAUAGAUUCCCCCGUCUCCCGCGUGAAAGAAACAGAACGACGAGAUUCACAAAAUCUUGUCCACCUUUUUCUUUUUUUUUUAUUUAUUUCUUCUUCCUCUUUGAUGUUGUUUUCCGAGGCUGUAAAUACAUCACACACGAGUGGAUGUGUAUACGGUUGGUAUAUUACCUGUACCGCGCCGUGUAGCACUAUACGUAUGGGCCGGAGCGGCCAGCGUGAUGUAACAAAUCGACCGAGAAAAUGCGAGGACCCGCUGCCGUCAUAAAAAAACGGAGGAGGAGGAUAUUGUUUGAACUGCGUUUCAAAAUCUGGCGCCCUGGCGCGUAUGCAAACAAUUCAAUCUCGUUUCUUCUAUUCACGAAAAAUAAAGAGUCUCUGUUGUUGUUGUAAAACAUCCGUACCACCGUAUAACCCCCCCCCCUUCUUCCAUUUGUUCCGAUUGAAAAUGUUUUUUUUUGGGUGGAAGACGGUCCCGCCGACUCUAUUUAUCUCUCCCUGCGAGCGAGUCCGACAAGAUAAUUAAUACUUUGGUGUCUUGUAGAAGCUUUUCGGGAACAAAGUAGAAGGAAAUUUUCCACAAAUUCCCGACCAGAAUUUUUUUUUUCACGCCAGACAUGCGAAAGCCCAUCGGAAUGAAAGAAAAAAAAAAGAAGGGGAGAGAUUUCGAUUGUUAUCUGCCAUAUAAAUAAAUUUUCCCUCCCCCCUUCAUGUUAACGGCGUGCUGAGAGACAGGCGAAAGGCCAAAUACCCAAAGGUUUAACAGAAAAACACACACAAAUAAUAAUAAUAAUAAAAAGAAGAAGAAGGGCCAACAAAUUUUCGGAUUUUUUGAGGUUGUCGGCUUUAUCGGGAAAUACGUCGGAUAUUUCGGAGUUAAAAAGAAAAAGGGUGGAAACAAUUUCCCCACCAAUUUUUUGUUAGCCCCUUGACGUUUUAUUGAAUUCUUAUCAAUUGAACAAAACAAAAAUACCCCGCGUUUCCUGGGCCCAUCCAUCGCGUCCGACGCCACGUCUUUUUCUUUUCUUUCUGGUAAAUUUCGUUCCCCCCCGUUUGAUUGUUCGUUUUGUUGUGUGGAUUUUGAGACAAGAAGCUCUUUUGGCUGUGUGGUUGGUGGUGGUGGUGUAUCACCUACGUGUAAAAAAAGGAGGCGAAGAGUGAAGGCUGGGCGCAGUUUACUACCACCACCACCAGCGAUAAGACACGCCACAAACCGAUUGGAAAGGUCCACGUACCUCCGAGAUUUCUCACGGCCUCGUCCGUUCGGAUUGGUUUGAAAUAAUAAUAAUAAAAAGAAAAACAAAACGGACGAAAUACUCUCAUCUUUCAUUCUGCCUUUUUUUGUUGUUCGUUGUUGAAAUUUUUUGGGUUUUUUUUUUUGUCCGGGUCUCUCUCGAGAGAGACGAUGGAAAUCAAAAGUAGGAGAGAGAAUCAAAAAUGCGGGAUGGCGUGAUUGGCCACCCAAUGUCCUAAUGGAAUAAUCACAUGUUGACCGACUGCUGUGAGUCUGAGCCCAUAGCUCUUGUUCUUGUCUUCCGAGUUGGACGAGUUGUGUUAUUCUCGAUGAUGGCAGUUGUGUGGAAUUGCCCAGCAGCCAAGCCGAGUAUAGCUCACGUUGUACGGGUGGCCAGGCCCCCAACCAACAAACACACAACUGUAUACAGUUGUUGUUUGUUGUUGUUUUUCUUUCUCGACGAUUGGAUUAUAUUCUCCUCUUUUCCGUUUCGAUUUCUUCAUUUCCCCCCUUAUUUUUUGUUUUGUUUUCUUGUUUCAACAAGGAAAUUCUUGGCUCGGCUAUUUGAAUCGUCCUCAUUGUGAAUGGAUUUAUUCAACCGUGUCUGAGUCACCGGUUGGUUACGCGCGUCUACAAGUACAACAACAACAACAGCAACAACUACAUGAUAAUAAUAAUAGGAUUGAACAAAUUCUUUCUCCCUUCGCAAUGGAACUGAUUCGAUUCAACAAGUUUCGUGAUUAGAACGAAUUGAAAAAAAAAAAACCCUCAGUCGUGCUGCUGCUACCACUACUACUACCUGGUUCACGGUCACUGCUGUAUUUCUAAAUGAUUUAUUCGAUUUAGUCAUUUCCCGGUGUUGUAACAAACAACACUGGGAACUUCGUGUGUGUGUGUGUGCAGGUGGCUCGCGCCACACGUCUAUACGUUCCUGUGGACUGAAUUCAACCGGACUUGAUGGACGUCCUGCACUACCUGUCGUGCUUUACCUUUCUCUAGUCUGUAGGGUCCACUCCUAUGAGCUGAAUUGUUUUUCUUCUUCUUCUUCUCCCCUUUUUGCUUUAUAUCUUAUCUUUAUGACUUGCAACGGGUCUCGGUGAAACCCAAGCCCAAGCAAACAAGAGCCGAACAUACCCAGCCAGCCGGCCAGCCGACCGACCACUACCACAUUUUUCCAAAUGGAAUUGUGGCGUUCAUAAGGAACGCCCAGACCAGAGGAGAGAGAAGAGAAGAGAAGAGAGAUGGUUUAUAAUUAUUCCCCAGGUCUAUUAUACGACCGGCGCAGUACCAAGUGCCAGUGGUCACGAAACAUUCUUUUAAAAUACUCUGGUGCCCGCUCUGCUGACGUCUUUUCCGAGAUUGUUUUGUUCCACACACGAGGCCAGCAGCAGCAGCAGCUGCCCAGCUCUUCUACUAAUAGUGUGGCUAUUGCCCGUAGUGUAGGUAUUAUUACCCUGUGAAAAAAACAAAAAGUCGAAAAGAAAACAAGUGGCUUCCCUGUCGCUUUAAAUCACACGGACAAGAAAACAACAACAACAACCAAAUAUACAUGUACCGCUACGACCGACCGAGGCAGCACCUCCGUCCGACACGGCUGGAAACGGUGUUGGAAGAAUCACGGAGCCGUGCAUAACGCAUCGGCACGCACGCCCGUAUAUAUGUUGCGCAAUUGUCUGCAAUGUGUUUUCGGGGCGAAGAAGAAAAGAGAGGGGCGACACUUUGACUGUUGGCUCGAAAUGAAGACAACUUUCCUUUUGAAUGAGAAAUGUUUUAUGAUUCGAUAAUAUUUUAGACUUGCGUCUCUCUCUCUCUCACUUCUCUCGCGUUCGUUCGUGCAUUUUUUUUUUAUCUUCUUCGGUGCCGCCGCCGCUCCCCCCCCCCCCCCCCAUCACCGACCGCGGACGGAGCGCAGAGUGAUGCUAAUGGAGUGGAAUCAACUGGCGAUGGCCGGGACGAUGGCCGGGCGAAAUGCGUUCCAAAUCAUUCUAUUUAUGUAUAUUUAUAAAUUUAUAUGCUGCCUGCCUGUGUGUGUGUGUGUGUGUGUUGGCCUGCAGGGGCCAGCACAGCUGCGGGAGAAGAAGAAGACAAAGAAGAAUUCUUCUUCAAAGAGGUAACACAAGAAUUAUUGUUAUUACUACAUUGAAUCAUUUAUUUGAUGGCUGAUUUAUUGCAUAUUGCACACGUUGUGGAAGCGUCGCAACUGUUGGCUGUUGCUGGAACUGGCCGGCUGCUGGCCAUCGCCGAGUCUUUUUAGGGCGACGUCCUUGCUGCAAGGACGUCAAGCCAAACCAAAAAUGUUUGGGGAGAGAGAGAGAGAAAUAUUCUUUAACGUUUUGUUGUUAGAUUCAAGCUGCUGUGUGUUUUCUCUUCUAUACAGCCUCUCACGAACUGCCUUCUUCUCUGCUGCUGUGCCGGGAAAGUCCGUCCGUCCGUCCGUCCGCCCUCCGGCCGCCGCCCGUUUGUAUUUUUCGCGCAGCACUAAAUUCCGUUUCUUCCGACCUUUUCUUCUUCUUGAAUUUAUUUUCAGAUUGGCCGAGAUAAAUCUUAAAUCUCGUGAGUUUCUUACCGUUUUCCUUUUCUUUCUUCUUUCUCUCUCUAAAAAAUAGAAUUUCACCUCCGCAUCAUCCCGAUGGACUAGUGGCACGCUCCGACUUCCCCCCC